CGAGAGCUGGACUUAUUGGUACCACGUGGGAGCUGCUGUGAAGAUUCGCUGGCUAUUGAGUCCUGCCUGAAGUUGAGCUCCGGCCUGUGUGUUUAGAAAUCCACUGGCCUGAAAGAUGACGUCGUUAGCCCAGCAGCUCCAACGACUCGCCCUCCCUCAAAGUGAUCCCAGCCUCUUAUCUAGAGAUGAAGUUGCCUCUUUGUUGUUUGACCCCAAGGAAGCGGCCACCAUUGACAGGGACACCGCCUUUGCCAUUGGAUGCACUGGCCUGGAAGAGCUGCUUGGUAUCGAUCCUUCCUUUGAGCGUUUUGAAGCACCGUUGUUCAGCCAGCUAGCAAAAACCUUGGAGCGGAGCGUUCAGACCAAAGCAGUGAACAAACAGCUGGAUGAAAACAUUUCAUUAUUUCUUGUCCACCUGUCUCCUUACUUCCUGCUGAAGCCGGCACAGAAGUGUCUGGAGUGGUUGAUCCACAGGUUCCAUAUCCAUCUUUAUAAUCAGGAUAGCCUCAUUGCCUGUGUUCUCCCAUACCACGAGACAAGAAUAUUUGUGCGGGUUAUACAGCUUCUAAAAAUUAAUAAUUCAAAGCACAAGUGGUUCUGGUUAUUGCCAAUUAAGCAGUCUGGAGUGCCCUUAGCUAAAGGAACGUUGGUUACCCACUGCUACAAAGAUCUUGGAUUCAUGGAUUUCAUUUGUAGUCUGGUGACAAAAUCUGUGAAGAUUUUUGCUGAGUAUCCUGGGAGCUCAGCUCAGUUGAGGGUGCUCUUAACUUUCUAUGCUUCUACCAUCGUGUCUGCUCUGGUGACCGCUGAGGACUUAUCCGACAAUAUAGUCGCCAAGCUGUUCCCGUAUGUUCAAAAGGGAUUGAAAUCAUCUUUACCAGAUUACAGAGCUGCAACGUACAUGAUAAUAUGUCAGAUUUCGGUGAAAGUGACCAUGGAAGAUACCUUCGUCAAUUCCUUGGCUUCACAGAUCAUCAAAACACUGACCAGAAUUCCCUCUCUGAUCAAGGAUGGAUUGGGUUGUUUGAUAGUGCUCCUGCAGAGACAGAAGCCAGAGAGCCUGGGGAAAAAGCCGUUUCCUCACUUAUGUACUGUUCCUGAUCUUGUUACACUACUUCACGGGAUUUCUGAAACAUACGACAUCAGUCCUCUUCUCCGUUACAUGCUUCCCCAUCUGGUUGUCUCCAUUGUUAAUCAUGUUACAGGAGAAGAAACUGAAGAGAUGGAUGGUCAAGUCUAUAGGAGACUCUUAGAAGCCAUACUUACAAAUAUAUCCUUGAAGAACAACUUAGACCAUUUGUUGGCUAGCCUUCUUUUUGAGGAGUAUAUUUCAUAUAGCUCACAGGAAGAAAUCGAUUCUAAUAAAGUAUCUUUGCUUAAUGAGCAGUUUCUUCCACUUAUCAGACUUGUAGAAAACAGAUAUCCCAAAACGUUAGAUGCCGUAUUAGAGGAACGCCUAAAGGAAAUUACAGACCUAAAAAAACAGGAGCUUUUUCACCAAUUUAUCUCUCUUUCUGCAAGUGGUGGAAAGUAUCAGUUUUUAGCAGAUUCUGAUACCUCCUUGAUGCUCAGUCUGAAUCACCCACUUGCUCCUGUGAGACUUCUGGCCAUUAAUCAUCUGAAAAAUGUCAUGACAACAUCAAAGGAGAGUAUCGAUGAGUCUUUCAUUAAAGAAGCUAUUUUAACCCGAUUAGGUGAUGAUAGCAUAGACGUUGUCUUGUCAGCUAUAAGUGCAUUUGAGAUUUUCAAACAACAGUUUAGUUCAGAAGUGACAGUUUCAAAUCUCCUGAAUCUCUUUCAAAGAGCAGAACUUUCAAAAAAUAGGGGAUGGUACAGUGUGCUUGAGAUAGCAGCAGACAUACUAAUUAAAGCAGAGAUACUGAGUGAGAAUGAUCAGUUGUCGAAUCAGGUUGUGGUGCACCUGCUGCCAUUUAUGGUCAUCAACAAUGAUGAUAUGGAAUCUGCUGAGGUGAAAAUGGCUAUAUAUUUAUCAAAAUCAGGAAUUUGCUCUCUGCAUCCUUUAUUAAGAGGCUGGAAAGAAGCUCUUGAAAAUGUGAUUAAAAGCACAAAGUCAGGAGAACUAAUUGGUGUAGCAAGUCAGAAGAUGAUUGAGUUGCUGGCUGACAAUAUAAAUUCAGGGGAUCCCUCUUCAAUGUUAAAGAUGGUGGAGGAUUUAAUAAGUGUUGGAGAAAAGGAGUCCUUUAGCCUGAAGCAGAAAGUGACUUUUCACGUGAUCAUGGCUGUACUUGUCUCCUGCUGUUCAUCUUUAAAAGAAACUCAUUUUCCAUUUGCGACAAGAGUCUUCAGUUUGUUGCAGAAAAAAAUAAAGAAGCUCGAAAGUGUCAUUACUACAGUGGAGAUCCCCUCAGAAUGGAAUUUUGAGCUGAUGAUGGACAGAGGGAUACCAUUGGAGCUGUGGGCACAUUAUGUAGAAGAGCUCAAGACCGCCCGGAGGACUGCUGUGGAGGACUCAGUUUUACUAGUGUUUUCACUGAAAAAUUUUAUUCAUGCACUAAAGGCUCCUAAAUCUUUUCCUAAAGACGAUACCUGGUGGAAUCCUGAACAGCUGAACGAAGACAGCAGAGACUACUUGUGCUUGCUCAUUGGGCUCUUCGAGAUGGUUCUCACUGGUGCUGACACCGUCCAUUUUCGGGUUCUGAUGAAACUUUUCAUGAAGGUACAUCUAGAAGAUGUUUUCCAGUUAUUCAAGUUCUUUUCUGUUUUAUGGACCUAUGGUUCUAGCCUUUCAAAUCCACUUAACUGCAGGGUGACAUCCGUGCUGCAGACUCAAGCUCUUUAUGUGGGCUACGCGAUGCUCUCUUCUCAGAAGGCUCAGUGUAGACAUCAUCUGGCAUCCGCGUCUUCUCCAGUGGUGACAUCUCUACUCAUUAAUCUGGGAAGCCCCAUAAAAGAAGUACGUAGGGCUGCCAUUCAUUGUCUCCAGGCCCUCAGCGGAGUGGCAUCCCAGUUUCAUCUGGUCAUAGAUCAUGUGGUUCCUAAAGCAGAGGAGAUCACCUCAGAUGCCACCUAUGUUGCUCAGGAUUUGGCUACUUUAUUUGAGGAACUACAGAGAGAAAAGAAGCUGAAAUCUCAUCAGAAGUUGUCUGAAACUUUGAAAAACCUACUUUAUUGUGUAUAUAGUUGCCCAUCUUAUAUUGCAAAAGAUUUGAUGAAAGUACUUCAGGAGGUCAACAGUGAGAUGGUGCUUUCUCAGCUGCUGCCUAUGAUUGAGCAACUGUUAGAAAAGAUGCAGAAGGAGCCCACAGUUGUCCUGAAAGAUGAGCUUAUUGCUCUGCAUCUCAUUCUGGGAAAAUAUAAUGAACAUUCAGCUUCCCUUUUACAUAAGGACCCGAAGAGUCUAGAUAUAUUUAUAAAAGCUGUGCACACAACAAAGGAACUUUGCACAGGAAUGCCAACCGUUCAGAUUACAGCCCUCGAAAAGAUUACGAAGCCAUUUUUUGCAGCUAUUUCAGAUGAAAAGGUUCAGCAGAAGCUUUUGUGCACAUUGUUUGAUUUAUUGGUGAACUGUAAAAACUCACAUUGUGCUCAGACUGUUAGCAGUGUUUUUAAAGGGAUUUCCGUUAAUGCUGAACAAGUCAGAAUAGAACUGGAGCCACCAGAUAAAACUAAGUCCUUAGGCACAAUUCAGCAAACAAGGAGGCAGAAAAUGCAGCAGAAAAAAUCACAAGAUCUAGAAUCUGUUCAGGAAGUUGGAGGUUCUUACUGGCAAAGAACAACCCUCAUCCUAGAAUUACUGCAGCACAAAAAGAAACUCAAAAGUCCUCAGAUAUUGAUACCGACACUUUUUAACCUGCUCUCAAGGUGUUUAGAGCCUUUGCCACCAGAGCAGGGAAGUAUGGAAUACACCAAACAGUUAAUUCUAAGUUGUUUGCUUAACAUCUGCCAAAAACUCUCUCCAGAUGGCAGCAAAAUACCAAAAGAUGUUCUCGAUGAGGAGAAGUUCAACGUGGAAUUGAUAGUUCAGUGCAUCCGCGUUUCUGAGAUGCCUCAGACCCAUCACCAUGCCCUUUUACUUUUGGGUACUGUUGCUGGAAUAUUUCCUGAUAAAGUUCUACACAAUAUCAUGUCUAUUUUUACAUUUAUGGGAGCCAAUGUGAUGCGUCUAGAUGAUACUUACAGUUUUCAAGUUAUUAACAAGACAGUGAAAAUGGUAAUUCCAGCACUUAUGCAGUCUGACGGUGGCACCUCUGCAGAAGUCACGAGGAGCGUGGAGGACAUCGUGGUCAAGAUCAUUAACGUGUUCGUGGAUGCGCUGCCCCACGUGCCCGAGCACAGGCGCCUGCCUGUCCUCGUCCAGCUUGUGGACACACUGGGCGCAGAGAGAUUCCUCUGGGUUCUCCUCCUCCUGCUCUUUGAACAGUAUGUCACUAAAACCGUGCUGGUGGCUGCCUUCGGAGAAAAGGAUGCUAUUUUAGAGGCAGACACUGAAUUUUGGAUUUCAGUCUGUUGUGAAUUUAGUGUCCAGCAUCAGAUCCAAAGCUUGAUGAAUAUCCUUGAGUACUUAAUGAAGCUGCCAGAGGAAAAAGAAGAAACCCUUCCCACAUCAGUAUCUUACAAGAGCGACUCACAAGAAGAAAUGCUACAGGUUUUUAACAUAGACGCUCACACCAGCAAGCAACUGCGGCAUUUUAAAUUUUUGUCAGUGUCCUUCAUGUCUCGGCUUCUGGCUUCCAAUAAUUUUAUCAGAAAGGUAGUUGAAAGUGGCGGUCCUAAGGUGUUGACAGGCCUUGAACAGAGGUUGCUAGAAAUGGUUCUUGGCUACAUUAAUGCUGUAGCACAGUCCAUGGAGAGAAACGCAGACAAGCUCACUGGGAAGUUUUGGCGAGCACUCCUCAGUAAAGCUUAUGACAUGCUGGACAAGGUCAAUGGCUUGCUGCCCACAGAAACCUUCAUCCCUGUGAUCAGAGGGCUGCUGGAGAACCCACUGCCGUCUGUUCGCCGGAAAGCUUUGGAUCUUUUGAACAACAAACUACAGCAGAAAACCUCCUGGAAGAAGAAAAUUGUUUCCCAUUUCCUGGAACUGGUCCCAGUCCUUGUGGCCAUGGUGAAGCAUAAAAGAAAGACAUUAGAAGAACAACCAAUAAACAGACAGACAGCUUUAUACACCUUGAAGCUUUUAUGCAAGAAUUUUGGUGCAGAAAAUCCAGAGCCUUUUGUCCCUGUGCUGAACACUGCCGUGAGGCUGAUUGCUCUAGGAACAAAGGAGGAGAAGAACGUCCUGGGGGGUGCCCUGCUGUGUGUGGCCGAGGUGGUCUCCACGCUGGAAGCCUUGGCCAUCCCUCAGCUCCCCAGCCUGAUGCCACCCUUGCUGACAGCCAUAAGGAGCACCCGCGACCUGGUCUCGGGCGAGGUCUACCUGCUCAGCGCCCUGGCGGCCCUGCAGAAGGUGGUUGAGACCCUGCCGCACUUCAUCAGCCCCUACCUGGAAGGUGUCUUGUUGCAGGUGAUUCACUUGGAGAAAAUCACUAGUGAAAUCGGUCCUGCCUCCCAGGCUAAUGUCCAUCUCACGUCCCUUAAAAAGACCCUGGCUACCACGCUGUCACCCCGAGUCUUACUGCCAGCCAUCAACAAGACAUACAAGCAGAUUGAGAAGAACUGGAAGAAUCUCAUGGGCCCAUUUAUGAGCAUCUUGCGCGAGCACAUUGGGGUGAUGAGGAAGGAGGAGGUCGCCUCCCACCAGCCCCAGCUCACCACGUUCUUCCUGGAGGCCCUGGACUUCCGCGCCCAGCACUCUGAGAAUGAUCUGGAGGAAAUUGGAAAAACGGAAAAUUACAUCAUUGACUGUCUCAUGGCCAUGGUUGUAAAACUUUCUGAGGUCACAUUCAGGCCCCUGUUCUUCAAGCUGUUUGAUUGGGCUAAAACAGAGGACGCCCCAAAGGACAGACUGUUGACAUUUUACAACUUGGCAGAUUGCAUUGCUGAAAAACUGAAAGGGCUUUUUACCCUGUUUGCUGGCCACUUAGUGAAGCCUUUCGCUGACACCUUGAACCAGGUGAACAUCUCCAAAACGGAUGAAGCGUUUUUUGACUCUGAAAAUGACCCUGAAAAGUGCUGCUUGCUACUGCAGUUUAUUCUGAACUGUUUAUAUAAAAUCUUCCUCUUUGACACCCAGCAUUUUCUGAGUAAAGAGAGAGCAGAAGCCUUGAUGAUGCCCCUGGUGGACCAGCUGGAAAACAGGCUUGGAGGAGAAGAGAAGUUCCAGGAACGGGUGACGAAGCACCUGAUCCCGUGCCUUGCACAGUUCUCAGUGGCCAUGGCAGACGACUCGCUUUGGAAACCACUCAACUACCAGAUCCUGCUGAAGAUGAGGGACUCCUCACCCAAGGUUCGAUUUGCUGCUCUGAUUACGGUGCUGGCACUGGCUGAAAAACUAAGAGAGAAUUAUAUCGUCUUGUUACCGGAAUCCAUUCCUUUCUUAGCUGAAUUGAUGGAAGAUGAGUGUGAAGAGGUGGAGCGCCAGUGCCAGAAGACUGUCCAGCAGCUGGAAACCGUCCUGGGAGAGCCGCUCCAGAGCUACUUCUAACACCCGGGCUUCUGGUAUUUCAUGCUCUGUGCAGAGGGUCAUGUUACGGUAGCCUGCAGCUGGAAAGAAAUAUGAGUCCCGUCCAUCUGGGAGGAGCUGAUACAGUUGGGAAGAAGUCAGAUACCUAUGGAAAGAUGAUUAGAGUGGCAAUGUGAUACUGUUUAGCGGUUCAAAUUGGAAUCUCCUUCCACAGCUGGAAAAUCCUCUGCCUUAUAAACAUGAGACCUCAUCUGAACUGUGGCGAGAGCAUACGAUGAAAAUCUGUCCAUCGGUACCCCCAGCUCAGACUCUGAGUCAGAACUCGUGACAAGCAGCAGCUAGAAUCAUGCAGUAUUCGCUCUGGCCAGGGGGCAGCAGCUACAUCUAGGGUCAGAGGCAGCAGUGGCACCAGUGGUGUCGCCAGUGCAAGAAGUACCACAUUUGUUCAGUGGUGGUGACAGACGUCUCUUAGUGAGAACAGCCCUGCAGCCUGAUUUUGGCUGUUGUCUGUGAUGCUGUAGUUGACAAGCCUGGUUCUUCAGUCCUGCCUGCUGAUAGAUAUCACUUAAUAAAUUCCUUUUCUGCUUAAAUUAGGGGUUGGCUUCCGUGUUUACAACCACAAACUCUGACCAAGUCAACAUCCAUAAAAAUGGGGCAGUAAGUAAGUGUUGAAUAAAUGCUUCAGAAAAAUGUAUAAAGAAUUCUAAAUGAGGUGGCCAAAGUUUAUGAAGGAGGUAUGAUUUGAGCUGGGAAGAAUAUGGUUAGGCAGAGAGGAGAAGGAAGCCAGUUCAGGCAGAAAUGUCCGUUUACAAAAGCAGAGAGGCAGGAAAAGACAAAACGUAUCUGGGAGCCAGUAAAUAGUAAGGGAGCAAUUAAAGACAGACAGAGUUAAGGUCAGAUUUUGGAAGGACAUAAGGAAAGUGGGGUUUGGGAACAACAAUCCAGUGGGGGUAAAAUUCACUGGAGGGCAGGGGAUUAUCUGUGAGACUGACUCCUUCCAGUAAGCCUGGCACAAGGAGAUAAGGACAUAAUCCAGGCUGAUGGUGGCAGACACUGAGGGGAAAGGGGAGGCAGGAGAUAAACACGAGCUAUUUCAAAGGAAACUGUCUAUCUGGGGCCACCACCUACAAUGGUAACACUGGGGAAGAAAGAUUUCAGAGAGAAGAUGCUGAGUUUAGCUUGGAAUACUUUUAGUGUAAAGGGUCGGCAGGACAUCUAAGAGGGAACAUACUGAAAGAAGUGGAACACUCAGGACCAACAUUAAGUGAAUGGCCAAGACUCAGAAGUCAGAGUAGAGAUGAUUACUAAGUAAAAUGAGAGCUACUAGAUAAACAGAGAGAGGAAAAGUCAGGAGCAAAGCCUCAAAGGCUGCCAGAUUAGGGGGUGUGCAUAAAGAGUUAACACAGAAGACCUGGCUGCUAUCUUUGAAAGGCCUCCGUCCAAGGCUGGCCCGUGGCUGCUGUCUAGGAACUUGGAUUUGGAGAGAGCACCCACCACCCUAGGUGAGAAGGGUGGGUUACCCACCUAAACUGUUUGUGCAAACACUAUGGUUUAUGCUAAAAACCUGCUUUCCUGUUUAGAGUCUGGAGUUUGGGUACGUGCUAGGCAGACGCUAUCUACGCACCAAGCCCUCGAUAAAAACCCUGGGCAAGUGAGUCCCUAAUGAGCUUCCCUGGUAAAGAACAUUUCACACGUGCUGUCACAACUAGUUGCUGGGAGAUUUAAGUCCAUCGUGUGUGACUCCACUGGCAUAAUACCCUUGAAAUCCUGCACUGGUUCCCCCUGGACUUCACCCCAUGUGCCUUUUCCCUUUGUGAUUUUGCUUUACAUCCUUUCACUGGGAUAUAUCACAGCCAUGGGUAUGACUCUAUGCUGGUGAAUCAUCAAAACUGAGGGUGUGUGGGAGACCUCGAUGCAGGGGGUGAGAAGAGAAAGAAGAGAGAAGGAUCCAUCAGAGAGGGCAGGCAUAUCAAGGAAGUCGAUUUCAAAAAUGGGAGGACUGUCAAUGUCUUUAACAUGGAAAAAUAAGGAAGAUUCCCCCCCGCUGCCCCCAAAAUGAUACUAAAAUGGAUAUCAUACCCUCUGACCCAGUGAUUCCACUUCUACAGAUUUAUCCUGUAAAACACUAGCACAUGCGCAGAAAGAUGCGUCUAAAGGAUGUACAGCACAGCACUGGAUACAAUCAUAAAAGGAAACAGCUCUUUAACAGGGGACUGGUUAAAUAAGUUACAGUACAUCCAUACAGUGGAAAAAUUAUGCAGCCAUUAAAAAUAAGUGAGUAGAAGAAUUAAGGACUCCAGGAGGAAACAAGAUGGUGGAGUAGAAGGACAUGCUCUCACUCCCUCUUGUGAAAAUACCAGAAUCACAACUAGC